AUGGCCCCCUCCGUUCCCUCCGCCAAAUUGACCCUCUCCUGCCCCCUCUUCGCUGCUGACUUCGACCCGCGCAACCCCGGCUUCCUGCUGGUCGCAGGCGGAGGAGGUGAAAGUCGCACGGGGACCCUUCUAAACACUUCCAAACGUCAAGAGAUCUCAGAGGUGGUCGACAUCGAACUAUCGCGUGAGGAGGACUCCGUCACCUCGCUGGCGGCGGCACGAGCGAGCGAUGACUCCAUCAUUGCUUUGGCGGGAAUCAACAGCUCCAUGGCGGAGCAGAAACGAGACAACAACCAGCAUCUGAGGUCCUUCCAGAUCGAUUAUCCCCCGCGGCGAUCAUCCAAACCGAGUGGCGCAAACGAAAGCCGAAGUGUCGAAAAGGAAGCCGAAUCGACAACUCCGUCCUCGUCCCCGGGGAAGACUACGGCAUUGUCCCGCGUGUCCCUUUUUCGAACCAAAGCCGGUAGCACCGGUACCUACCAACGAAUAACGCGCUUGUCACCCUGGAAAGGCACAGAGUCCCCGCGCGUGGCUGCCAUUGCCACCGGGCUGGCUCCAUCUGGCGAGAUUGUUUUCUUGAACGCCACUACAGCAACCCCGAGCGCGUCCGAUGUCAUUGGAAGAAUCCGCCUGGGAAGUGAUGAAGAAGCCGAGGAUGUGGAUAUCGCAGAACUGGAGGCUGAGGGGAAAUUCCGGGUCGCCUAUACCAACGGCGUCGAUGUCUUUAUCUGUCAAAUCUCGUCCGACAAGAGGUCCAACGCCUCGCCAGACGUGAGCUGUGUAUACACCACUCCAUUGCCCGAGAAAGGCUCGAGAACUCGACCUAAGUUCCGCGCAUUGCGCUUCCUGUCACCGACGACCCUGCUGUUACUUCGAAAUGCGCCAGACCGCCGCGGGUGCGAGCUGAUCCUACUUGAUCUGCAUCAAGCAGCAUCGAAGAAGCCCUCAGCAUCCAUCGUCCGCAGCAAGAAGCUCCGCAAAGCCAUGAAAAUCGGGCUUGGUCUGGACGUUUGCUUGUUGAGCCAGAACACCGAUACCCGGCAGCAAACAGUUAUUGCGGUUGCCGGAAGCGACCAGUCGAUCGAGGUAUUGACGCUGGAGUCGAAUCCGUCGCAAGGUGGCCACGGUAAAUUCCGCACUUACACCAGCCUCUAUGAAGUGCAUCCCUUCUCCUUGACCAAGAUCUGCUUCUCGCCAUUCACACCUCCCCCGCAACCAGUCAGCCCCGAGACGCCGCCCCAGUACAUCAAGCUCGCUUCCCUCAGCCUGGGGAACACCGUUGUUGUGCACACUUUCCCCUUGGCGCCGUCGCCGCCGUCUAGUCGUAGUCCGCGGUACGUCCUUGUUCCGCCGCAUGACUUGGAUGUCUGGACCAGUCUCUCCAGCGGUCUCGCGGCGCUCUUCUCCAUCUUGGCCGUCUGCUUCCUUCUCCAGGCGUUUACGGAAAUUCGUGGGGUUAUGCCGCCUUACCUGGGCGCCACCGAAUGGCUUCCUCCUAAUAUCCGCGACUCCAUUGCCCGGCCAUACUACGCUCCACCACCCCAUCCACUCCAACAGUCAUCCCUCACCUCGUCGGCCCUCCCCUCAGCGGCGACUGACUUUUCUGGGCCCUUACUGCGCGAUCUGCUUCGCGAUAAUUCCCCUGUCGGCGCCGACGAUGAAAGGCCGCUCGUUCGCGUUCACUGGGAUUCCGAGCGCAACGAGCCUCUCGUUGACUCUGUUUUUGCGUCCCAACAAACAGAAAGUCUCCUCAGCUGGGAAGACCUCGGCGAAGAAGAGCAAGCCCUCUGGACACAGCGUCUGACAGAGUCCGGUCACUGGGCCUCCGAAGAUGACGUGACGGUUCUUCAGAGCGUUCUUUUCCAGGCAGAGGAAAGGCCACGAUCUGAGCUCUAG